UCUAGAAAAUAAUCGAGGUUGAUUUAGUAAAAUCGUAACAAUAUUUACUAACUUUUAUGUAUCUACUAACCAAGCGGAACAACAACGCAAAAUUGCUCAUACAUUUCUGAAUGCUUAUGCGGAUAAUCGUAUAUAAUAAUAAUUUUCGCAUAGAAAACAAUUGAAAAUGACCUGCUUGCUGAGCGCGUUCAAUGAAUGCUCGCCGUGGUGGUAUGUUCACUAAAUGCAUUUUCAUUUGACAAUUCUCGUGGUCAAAUUUAACUUAAAUGUGCUUGUGGCCAAUAUUCAGUUUUAAGUACUAAUUUUUAUAUAUACAAGAUGGCAAAAAGACUUCAAGAAUAUGUGAAAUACACUAAGAAAGAGCUGGAAUCCUACACAAAACAAGAAGGCUCAUGUGUCCGAAAGAUAAAUUCAAAUUUGCACCUAUCUUUAGGUCCAUAUUGUCUGGCCGAUUUUAAACAUGCGCUGAGUGCUCAUAUAAUGCGGAGAAAAGUUGGUUAUUAUGAUGCGAGCCUAGAAGGCAUUGUCUUGGACAUAAAAAACAUCAAAGUUUUAGGAACAGCAGCAGCACUGCGUUCAGAUGAUCCGCGUAUACAUGUCGACGUUAAUGCCGAUUGUUAUGUAUUCCGUCCAAUUGCUGGGGCAAUUUUAAGCGGUGUGGUGAAGCAUGUUGGUAAUCAUCAUAUUGGUGUUAUCAUUUAUAGAGUUUUUAAUGUGAGCAUAAGAUUUGCUGCAAAAAUUAAUAAGGAGGAAUUUAAGAUGGAUGAUUCGGUUCGAUUUCGUAUAAAGAAUUUUAAUUUGCAAAAUGUAUUUCCAUACAUUGAAGGUGAUUUGGUGACAGCUAAUGGCGAUAAAAUUCUUGAUAAGUUCAUUAAAACAGAACCGGAUAGCGCCGACAGCACACAUGAUUCUGGCAUAGAAGAGCGUGAUAAUCAAGAUUUAGAUGAGCUUGUUUCAUUAAUCAAAGAAGAAAAAGCAUCUGACGUUGAAGAAGUGGCUGAUAAAAGUAAAAAGCAGAAGACCAAUGCUACCAAAAGUAAACGAAAAUCAAGUGAAAGUGUUGAAACGCCAAAGAAAAUUACGAAAAUCAAAGAAGAACUUAGCUCAGAUAAAAAGAAAUCCAAAACUACUCAGAGUAUAGGGUUAAACAGCACAGAAACUGUAAAAAUUACUCCUAAAAGUAAAACGAAAAAAGUAAAUGGUGAAUUAUUAGAUGAAAUGCAAAUCAAAACAGAAAAUGAUGAUGUUAAUAGUACACCAGCUAAGAAACGAAAAACAAAAAAGAAUAGCAUAUCUUCAAGCUAGAUACACUAAGAGCUAUUCAAAAGAAUCGGUUUGCACGUUUAAAGAUGGCAUUGUUUAGCCAUUCCAGCAGAAUUUCCGUACUAGUAGCUGCUUGAAAAUCAAAGCUAGUUUAACAGUGUAGAUAUAGUAACUGAAAGCUCUUAAAGUUUAAAUUAUAUAUGAAAAAUGUAAAGGUUAUAAAUAUAUUUUUGUACAAAUAUGUCAUACGUACA